AUCACGGUAGCAGAGCUAUAAUUUGUUUCAUUUUGUCUUCUUCCUUGGCUCUCUAUCUUCACUUUCGCCCUGUUAUCUUCUUCCAUCUCUGGUUUCCGUUAAACCCUAUAUAACCCUCCGAUCCCAAACCCUAGAAAAUCCACACUCCAGUCUCACACCCUCCGUAAACGACGUCGUCCCCCUUUACCCCAUCACAGAGGGACCCAUGAAUCCCUCCACCCUCACACCGCAGCGUUCCGUUUUCCACUCGCCGUUCCUCAACCCCAUUUCUCUCCCCGCCGCAACCUCCGGACAGAGCAGACGACGCCGUUUCAGAGUCUCAUUUCCCCGAAACUCAGCCACCCCCUCGGACCAAUCAACCGGCGCCACGUCAACGCCGCCUCCCGAUGUAUUCGGAGGCAAGAGAGAGCUCAGGGGCAUCCAGCCCGUCGUCGAGAAGCUGUCGCCGCCUCUCCGUUUGGCGACCUCGGCAAUUGUCAUCGCCGGUGCUGUGGCUGCGGGUUACGGGUUGGGUCUCCGGUUAAGCAAGUCGCAAAACGCAGCGUUUGGCGGUGCAGCAGUGCUCGGAGCCGCCGGUGGGGCUGCCGCUUACGCUUUGAACUCUUGUGCUCCUGAAGUCGCCGCCAUCGAUUUGCACAAUUACGUAGCUGGGGUCGACGAUCCCAAGGCUGUUAAGAAGGAGGACAUAGAAGGCAUUGCAAGAAAAUAUGGUGUGAGCAAGCAAGACGAGGCUUUUAAUGCCGAGCUCUGUGAUUUGUACUGUCGUUUUGUCACUUCUGUUCUUCCUCCUGGAGCCGAAGAACUUAAAGGUGACGAAGUUGAGACAAUCGUGAGCUUCAAAAAUUCUCUGGGCAUUGAUGAUCCUGAAGCAGCUUCAAUGCAUAUGGAGAUUGGUAGGCGAAUUUUCAGACAGAGGCUUGAGACUGACCGUGAGGGUGAUCUAGAGCAGCGUCGGGCAUUUCAGAAGCUGAUAUAUGUUUCAACUCUUGUGUUCGGAGAUGCUUCGUCUUUCCUCUUACCUUGGAAGCGUGUUUUCAAGAUCACCGAUUCCCAGGUGGAGCUGGCUGUCCGUGAUAAUGCCCAGCGUUUAUAUGCUUCCAAGCUAAAAUCAGUUGGCAGAGAUAUUGAUGCGGAGCAGCUCGUUAGGCUUAAAGAAGCACAACACGCGUAUCGGCUUUCUGAUGAGUAUGCAGAGGACUUGUUCAAGGAACACGCAAGAAAAUUAGUCGAGGCAAAUAUUUCAGCAGCACUUAGUAUAAUCAAGUCCAGAACAAGGGCAGCUAGGGGAGUCACGCAUGUUGUGGAAGAGCUUGAGAAGAUGCUAGCAUUCAAUAGUUUGCUCAUCUCACUAAAGAACCAGCCAGAUGCAGCUCGCUUUGCACCUGGGGUUGGUCCAAUUUCUUUACUUGGCGGAGAGUAUUAUGGUGAUAGAAAGAUUGACGACUUGAAGCUCCUUUUCAGAGCAUAUGUUACGGAUUCUUUAUCCACAGGUCGCUUGGAAGAGAAUAAGCUUUCCGCCUUGAAUCAGUUAAGGAAUAUAUUUGGUUUAGGCAAACGAGAGGCAGAAUCCAUUGUGCUUGAUGUUACUUCGAAGGUAUACCGUAAACGUCUUUCACAGGCUGUUAGUGCGGGUGAGUUAGAAGCAGCAGAUAGCAAAGCAGCCUUCCUUCAAAAUAUCUGUGAAGAGCUGCACUUUGAUCCAGAGAGAGCAAGUCAGAUUCACGAAGAAAUUUACCGGCAAAAGCUUCAGCUUUGUGUUGCUGAUGGAGAGCUGAACGAGGAGGAUGUUGCUGCAUUGUUGAGGCUACGGGUGAUGCUUUGUAUACCUCAGCAGACUGUUGAAGCUGCCCAUUCAGAUAUCUGUGGCAGUUUGUUUGAAAAGGUUGUGAAGGAAGCAAUUGCAUCUGGUGUUGAUGGUUACGACGCUGAUGUAAAACAAGCUGUGAGAAAGGCAGCUCAUGGUUUGCGAUUGUCUAGGGAAGCUGCCAUGUCUAUAGCCGGCAAGGCAGUCCGAAAGAUUUUUAUUAACUACGUAAAACGAGCACGGUCAGUUGGGAGCCGUACUGAGGCUGCAAAAGAACUUAAAAAAAUGAUAGCUUUCAACACAUUAGUUGUGACUGAAUUGGUGGCAGACAUAAAAGGGGAAUCAUCUGAUGAUACCUCUACAGAAGAGCCAAUAAAGGAGCAAGAAAUAGAGGUUCUAGAGGAUGAGGAAUGGGAAUCUAUUCAGACACUUAGAAAGAUAAGACCCGACAAGGAACUUGCUGCAAAGUUGGGGAAGCCUGGCCAGACUGAGAUAACACUUAAAGAUGACCUUCAGGAAAGAGAGAGGACUGACCUCUACAAAACAUACUUACUCUUUUGUAUAACUGGUGAAGUGAAGAGGAUUCCAUUUGGUGCUCAGAUAACUACAAAGAAGGAUGAUUCAGAAUAUGUGCUACUAAAUCAGCUUGGGGGGAUAUUGGGUUUGAGCACUACGGAGAUAGUGGAAGUACACAGAAGCCUGGCCGAACAAGCUUUCAGGCAACAGGCUGAGGUGAUUUUAGCUGAUGGACAAUUGACAAAAGCCAGGGUAGAGCAACUUAAUGAGUUGCAGAAGCAAGUUGGGUUACCUCCGCAAUAUGUGCAAAAGAUAAUAAAGAAUAUAACAACUACAAAAAUGGCAGCUGCCAUUGAAACCGCUAUUGGUCAGGGGAGGCUCAAUAUUAAGCAGAUAAGAGAACUUAAAGAAUCAAGUGUUGAUUUAGACAGCAUGAUAUCUGAAACCUUGCGAGAGAGCCUGUUUAAAAAAACUGUAGACGAGAUAUUCUCAUCAGGCACUGGAGAGUUUGAUGAGGAGGAAGUCUAUGAGAAAAUCCCGUUAGAUCUCAAUAUUAAUGCUGAGAAGGCUAAGAAUGUUGUUCAAGAGCUUGCACGGAGCAGAUUAUCAAACUCACUGAUUCAAGCUGUGUCACUUUUGAGGCAGAGAAAUCGUCAAGGAGUGGUUUCUUCUCUUAAUGACUUGCUGGCUUGUGACAAAGCUGUACCUGCCAAGCCACUUUCAUGGGAUGUGCCAGAGGAGCUAGCCGAUCUGUUUGCUAUAUACCUGAAAAGUGACCCAGCACCAGAGAAAUUAUUGCGCUUGCAGUAUCUGCUGGACAUUAAUGAUUCUACGGCAGCUUCUCUCCGGGAGAUGGGAGAUAGAUUACAAACUAUUGGCGCAGAGGAGGAAAACUUUGUAUUCUGAGAAGGCGCAAUGGGGAAUAGGCCUCUGCCUGAUUGGCUCAUUUUUGUUCACCAUCUUGUUUCCAUGAUAGAGAGCAAAUGAGAGAAUUUAUAAUGUGAUUAUAGACAAGUUGUCAAUCCAACAUGAAAUUAUGAAAGUCUGGGUAGCUGCAAAAUAAGAUUUGUAUUGUCUUUUUAUUUUUGUUAUACGAGGAAGUUAUCGACUGAGUAAAUGUUUUAUGUAUCAGGGAAGCUCACUGCUGUUUUGGAAUUUAA